UUAUCCAUGUUCUUCUUCUUUAUAGCUCUGAAAGAACAACAAAACAAACCCAUUUUGUCUCUCUCUUCCAGCUACCAGCAUUAGUCGAAAAAGAACACCCAUUUUUGUUCAAGUUCUGCACUUUUCUUUGAUUGAGAAUCGAUAAGUGGAGCUUUGUGUUUUUGUUCUUCGAGGGUUUUAAAUUUUAAGGUUGUUUUUGCAAGGGAUUUUCUUUCUCCCAUUCCCUUACCAUUCAUGUUCAGAAAUUGAGUUUUUGACCCAGAAAGAAUCGAGGGUAUUGGUGGGUUUUUGUUGUGUUCGUCUUUUAUGCUAUUAGAUUUCAGAGAACUCUCAAAAAAAUAGCCAUGGCCUGUUCUUUGAAUUGGGGUUGUUAUGUUUCUGGGUUGAAUGAAACCGUGUUUAACUCUAACUCAAAAUAUACAAGGGUCCCUGCGUUUCAUGCAUCCUUUGGUUCUUUACAAUUUAUGGAAUCAAAAUCAAGGGAUUUUCCUGCUUUGAGCCAUGUGGACAAACAGUUGGCUUUUCCAGAUCAGAGAGGUUCAAGAGAAUGGGGUUCCAGAGCUGCAAACAAUUUCUCUGCUCAGGGGCAAUCAAUCUGUACGAGCAGAAGUCUGAGAUGGUGGGAGAAGAACCUUAAACCCAACAUGGUAGAGAUCCACUCAACACAAGAGCUUGUGGAAUCCUUGCUUUGUGCUGAUGAUAAAUUGGUCAUUAUUGAUUUCUAUUCACCUGGUUGUGGAGGCUGCAAAGCCCUCCAUCCCAAGAUCUGUCAGCUGGCUGAACUGAACCCGGAUGCGAUUUUUCUAGAAGUAAAUUAUGAACAGCUACAUACCAUGUGUCAAUGCCUCAACAUUCAUGUCCUACCAUUCUUUAGAUUCUAUAGAGGCUCUGAGGGGCGUAUAUGCAGCUUUAGCUGCACCAAUGCAACUAUCAAAAAAUUCAAAGAUGCAUUGGCAAGGUAUGGAGCACAGCGAUGUAGCCUUGGCCCUGCAAAAGGUUUGGAUGAAUCUGAGCUCACAAAACUGGCAUCAGCCGGUGAAUUAUCAUCCAAUUUUCAGCUAACUUCCACAAAGGCAGAAAGAGUGGAAGAUUUAUUCCUGCAAAGCGUAGAUCUGUCUAUUGUUUUGAACAAAGCUGACAAUACAGUGGAGCUUAAAGAAGAGAGUGUUCUAUUGUAGAUUUAUAGGCUUGAAUGAUGUCACCGAGCUUAUUAUUUACAGUAGUAAUGGAGUAAAGCUGCUCCACCAAACUUCAUAUUGCUACCCUUUUAUGUUUUGGUUUUUUCUUUGUGUUAUAUAUGUCAGUUUCUGGGUUUUCAAAAGCAGGCUCCUGGUUUUUUUGAGUUGAGCUCUGCAUGCUUGAUUUUAAUUUCUGGAUUGGAGAUUGUACUUUUCUUAAGGAAACUAAGUAGAUAUAUUAAAAAGUAUCUUGAUGU